AUGGCCACAGACAACGCCAUCAGCGCCCUGGGCGCCCUGCUGCAGCACCACUCGGACGUCCUGGACGGCGGCGCCGUCGCGGCCGCCUGGGUGGCGGCGCUGCCCAUCAAGGGGGACGCGGUCGAGGGCGUCAGGGCGCACGCGCAGCUGGUGGCCAUGAUGGAGGCCCAGGACGUGCGUGUGCUGGGCGCCGGCGGCAAGCACAUCCCCCACCUCAUAGGCGUCCUCACCCAGGUCCUGGGCCGCGGCUCAGAUCUGGCAGAUGGGCAGACGGCGCCCCGGGCGGUCAAGAUCCUCCAGGCGCUGCAGGCGGACCCGGUCUAUGCGCCCGCGGUGGCCGGCGCGUUCGCCGCGCUGAGCGACAAGCACAAAGCCAACUUCACCGCGCACAUGGAGGGGCGCGCGGCGUGA